AUGUCACGCUCAGAUGACCCAGGUCAUUACUUCCAGACUACCUCAGCACUCGAACAAAUAGCACGGAAGGCAGCCAAGUCGAACAACACCAACGGCAACCCAAUCAAGCUCCCCUCCAAGAUCCUCGCCAUAAUCGCCGACCCGCAAGAUGACAACCAGAUCUAUGUCGCAGAAGCCGCGGGCUGUGUGAAGCGGAUAAACAUUGAAGUCGGUCAGACAUCUGUUCCUCACUCCAAGACACGUUUUACGAAUAAGGUAUCUGCCACCUUCUCUGGGCCCCAGGCGCCUCUUACGUCCGUUGCCGUUUCACUCAAAUCAGACACAAUAUUCGCGGGUUGUUGGGACAAGUCGAUCUGGUCAUGGACGCUCUCCACGCGGAAGCCAGGAAAGCGGUUCCAGGGGCACAGUGACUUUGUCAAGGACGUAAUAGCCUUCACGUUACAGGGUAAGGAGGUUUUGGUAUCAGCCUCUCAGGAUGCGAGCAUGAUUGUUUGGGACGUCGCUACCGGGGAGAAGCUGCGCACUAUCAAGGGACACACACGAGGCAUCCUAGCACUCGCGAUCGAUCCAGCCGACUACGAGCCAAAUAAGGCAUCUGUCACCCUCUUCAGUGCAGGCAGCGACCGAGAGAUCAGACGCUGGACUAUUGGGCUCUCCUCGGCAGUCGAAAUUCAGCCUUCGCCUCUCAUUGCCCACGAGACGAGCGUUGACGCCCUGCAUUUCGAUUCGGACGGUGAUCUAUGGACAGCUUCUGCAGAUAAGACAGCGAAAUGCCUGUCGAGGGGCCGAGAAUGGGAGGAAGACUCAGCAUUUGAGCAUCCCGACUUUGUGCGCGAUGUUGCCGUCGAUGAAGACGGUGGGUGGGUAAUCACAGCAUGCAGGGAUGAAGAGGUUCGCGUUUGGGACAAGGGAAGCGGAAAGCUACAUCACACCUUCACGGGCCACUUCGAAGAAGUCAUCGGGCUCUUACUACUACCAAGACAGCGACUAGUCAGCGUAAGCAUUGACGCAACAAUCAGACUAUGGAGUCUGAAGUCGCAAGACCUAGCCAAGGCAAUCACAGAAGCCGAAGAUGAGCGGCUUGGUAAGGAAAAGGAGAAGGUCCCUGAGCAGAAGGAGGGCAUGUUAACUAUUGAAGAAGAGGCAGAACUAGCCGAACUCUUAGAAGAUAGCGAGUAG